AGCUCGCGCCACACACAGGCGCAUCUAUGCUUUUACUCCGCCAUGGCUGAUUGAUUGAUUGAUGGUCCUCCACCACCACCGUCACCAUGGAAGGGGACGCCGACGCAGAUGAGUCGUCGUCGGCGCUCUAUAGCCCACGGCAAUGGCGUGGCGCCCUCCUCUGCACUCCGUCCAUGCUUUGCGCGCCGCUCGUCUUUUCCUCUUUCUCGGGGCUCGGGCGCGGUGUGGCGGCGGGAGCAGUCGAUCGGAUCGGAAGAGGCGACAACGGAGGGGCCCCGCCGAGAUUUGGCGCCGGGUAGCGGAUUCCUUCGCGGUACAAGCUGCUACCAUAAAAGCGUUAGACGUGGAAAACUCCAUCACACAAAUAUUGUUACUUGCAAAUCGUCAGCGGGUGGCCUCAAAUUGGCAUGUCCUUGUAUUGUCCAUGAGGCUUUGAGUGCUGCUGCUCUUCAAAAUGGGGGUGGCACCUUCUAAGCUUGAAGAUAACAAGGUCCUUGUGUUAUGCCAGGAGAGGAAGCGCCUUGUUAGAGAAGCACUAGAUGGAAGAUGUGCACUUGCAGCUUCUCACUACGCUUAUAUUCUGUCUUUGAGAGAAAUAGGUUCUCUUCUAAGGAAAUGUUUUGAAGAGUCAAUAACAAAUGUGUCACCAUCUCUUUUGUACGUCAAUCAUACGAGUGCAGGGAGGAACUCUGUCAAAACUACUGAGGAAGUGUCAGUUCCUGCUCAAUCUUCAUUUCCAGGUGCUAGAGAGGGCAGUCAGGACAUUGAAAAUGCUGAUGGCGUUAGGCAUCUUCAAGAAGAGGAGGUGAUCCCUGAGCUCGAAGAGGGAGAGAAUACUCCAACAAAUGGGUAUGGUGGUUUCGCAGAGUCAGAAGAUGAUUUCGACAAUCCAUCCACUGAAACUCUGGUGCAGGUGUUCAAGAACCGGAAUGAUGUGCUUGUUGCUAGUACUGACUCACACUCACGACAUGCUUUAGAAAACAUUGCUUCACAAAGUACUGAUUCUCGCAAUCGCAACAGCAAAAAUAAGAUGACAAUGACUGGCAGAUCUUCACUGGAUGUUCUUCCUGUGGAUGGGGAAUUGAAGAAACCUUAUACUGAUGUGGGUAACGUGGUAAGAGAUAUAAAUUCAUGCAUGAAAAAGGUUGAGAUAUUAUUCUUUCGGGCAUGUGAUUCUGGAAAAGAAGUCCCAUUUAUUCUUGAGGAAGAUAAAGUCCAGUUCCGUCUUCUACUACCUGAAGAAAUAGCACAUGGAUCAAAACCAUCAAGUUUUCUGGCAGCAUUGUUUGCUUGCCGCUCUGAGGACACCACUGUUCCUGAAUUUCCUCCUCAAGCUGACAUAAAGUAUCUUACCUGGCAUAGAUCAGUGUCCUCACAACUGUCGCCAUCUAGAAAUUCUCUUGGAAUUAAUGCUGGUAGCCAUAUCUCAACACUUGAUAGAUUGUAUGCAUGGGAGAGCAAGCUUUAUGAUGAAGUCAAGGCCAGCAAUGCCAACUGCAGGAAGUAUGAUGAGAAACGUAAGAAGCUGAGGCACCUGGAAGCAAGAGGGGGAAAUCAAAUUGAUAUCGAUUUUACCCGCGCUGCUGUUAAGGACUUACAUUCCAGAGUUCUAGUGUCUGUUCAGAAAAUAGACUUCAUUUCUAAGAGCAUAGAAGAUAUGAGAGAUGAAGAUCUUCAACCACAGCUGGAUGAACUAGUUGGAUGUUUCACUAGGAUGUGGGCCACAAUGCUUGAGUGCCAUCAAAGCCAUUGUGGGAUAAUCAAGUUUGCAUUCAGAAGCUGCAGCCUGAAAAUAUCAUUUCAGUCGGAAUCCCAAUGCCAAGCUGCGCUUCUGCUCUUGGUGGAGCUGAGAAAAUUAUGUUCCAACUUCCAAAACUGGAUUGCAUCCCACAAGGCGUACCUCUGCAGCUUAAACUUAUGGCUGCACAAGUGCAUGAAGCCCCUGAAGAGGAGGAAGGUCUCCAGGAAGCGAAAUGCUGUUGACGUUUCACUAACAGGUUCUGCCGUUGCACCGAUCUUUACAACCUGCGAGAUGUGGAUAAAACUUCUGGAUGAUUUACCGACCAGGGACCUGGAAGAAGCCAUUGAAGGUCUCAUCGCAGAUACAUGCCGCUCCAUUCCUCGCCAAGGCAAGGUGCCAAAUGAUGGGAAGGGGGGAGAUGUCCAGACAAGUCAUGCCCCCGCUGAUCUGCAGUCCAGUCUGCUGAGAUUCCUGGAGAAGCUUGAAGCCUUUUCUGAAAUUUCAGUGCAAAGGUACGUUGAUCUGCAGAAAAACGUCAGUGCAGCGAAGGAGAGGAUUUGGAGAAAGGAUUCCAAUAGUGCUGCAAACACGAACUACCUCAUAUUGGUUUAGAAUUGGCUAAGUAAAUGUUCCUUGUGAAAAAAAAACUGAAGUCUGCUGCUGGUGUCCUGGUGAUGGAACUAUGUUAGUACCGAUUUGGCGAUUUCAAAUUUCAAUAUAGGAAGUCUGUAGUAUGUAAAUAUAGAGUGUGCAAUAUACGAAGUAUGUAGUAUAUGCUAGUCAAGUUUCUGAAUCAGUUGGGUGGCAAGUAUCGAUGUACACGGGAAAAGCUCCAUCUCCAGUUUCUGCAGUUUGACCUUUUCAUGGCAUUGCUGCUGACACGAUCCCUUUGGUUGUCUGCCUCUACCCUUGUGACUAAUGAGAGUUACCGUUAUGACUUGCUUGGUCUACAGAAGUAAAUUUGAUGUAAUAUCCUUUUAAAAGCUGU